CCGACCCGAUAACAAAUCGUGUUUUCCCUUCGCUUCGUUCUCAGUUCUCUCUUGCUUCUCGUCGUCGUCGGCGGCGGUCUAGGGUUUCAAGCUCCGGCGAGCGGAGGAUCGGAGAAGAGUGAGGAUGGCCGGAAGCGCGUUCAAUGCCUUCAAAGCUUGCGUCCCGAUCCAAUGGAGCCCCAGGCUGUACAUCACGCUGGUGCGUGGUCUCCCCGGCACUCGCAAGCUCCAUCGCCGCACUCUCUACGCCAUGCGCCUCCGCCGAUGCCACCGCACUGUAGUUCACCGCACCACCCCCUCGCUCGUCGGCAUGCUCAAUCAGGUGAAGAGGUUGGUUGUGGUGGAGACGGAGGCCAUGUUUAAUGCUCGGAAACAGAAGGAGGAGGAGCACAGGGCGUUGCGCCCUCCCAUUGUUGUCAGCCAUGCUCCACCUCCGGCUCCUGCUCAGCAACCUGCGCAGUAAACAGAAAUGGGCUUGAUGAUGCUUGAGCAUAAAUUAUGGUCAAAUUCUUCAUCGGAUGAUAUGAUCAAUUGUGGAGCUGUGUUAGUUUUGUCCGAAUCAGAAGCAGGAUUACAAGUACUGUACAAUUAAUCCAUAUCUAUGUUAAAAUUUUCUCUCUGCUUAGUUUUCUACUUGAAAGGAGAAAUAAUAAGCUUUUAAUCAAUCGGCAACUUUAGAAUCUUGAUAUUAUGUUUGACCUAGUCGCAAUGUUCUUUCAGCGAGAGACCAAUUAGGACUAGUGGAGUAACUAUGUUGUUUGAAAACCUAGCAUCCUUUAUCUAAAUUCUCAUCUUAAC